GCCUGUUACAUUAUUUCUGUUGGUGUAGGAGGCACUACGCCCACAUCUGGACCUACUUUAUUCCUCUUGUCUCAGAUUCAGUUGGUGAUCAUCAUGCAGGCACACGAGCUGUUUAAGCAGUGGAGGAUCCCUGAUCUGACAGAGUUGAGAGAUUAUCUCCGCAAUCUCUCCACCAACACUCUCCUCGGCAUGGGCGCGUUCACAGCCGUGACUGCGUACUGGUAUGCCACCAGACCCAAAGCCCUCAAACCGCCCUGUGACCUGCGAAUGCAGUCGAUAGAGCUGCCAGGUGGAGAGUUCGCUCGGCGGUCAGCAAUAUUAAACGGUGGCACGCUCUUGACUCAUUUCUAUGAAGAUGGCCAGACGAUGUAUGAGUGCUUUCUCAGGGGCCUGAGGGUGUCGAAUAAUGGUCCCUGUCUGGGUUCACGAAAACCAAAGCAGCCGUAUGAAUGGCUUUCUUACUCAGAGGUGAUCGAGCGAGCGGAGCUUUUGGGCUCAGCAUUUCUUCACAAAGGACACUCCAAAAAGGGAGACCCCUACAUCGGUAUCUUCUCUCAGAACAGACCAGAGUGGACAAUUUCAGAGUUGGCCUGUUACACCUAUUCUCUGAUAGCAGUUCCUCUGUACGACACCUUGGGCAAUGAGGCAAUAAGUUACAUCAUCGACAAAACGUGUAUCUCUACAGUCAUAUGUGACGUGCCAGAGAAAGCCAGACUGCUGUUGGACUGUGUUUCUGGCCGACGGCACACAGUGAAAACCCUGAUCCUCAUGGAAGAGUUUGACACGGAUUUAGUGAGCCGAGGACAGCAGUGUGGCAUCGACAUCAUCAGUCUGCGAGACGUCGAGGAUAUCGGCAAGACUCAUCGACAGCAGCCGUUGCCUCCUAUGCCCGAUGACUUGGCUUUAAUUUGUUUCACAAGUGGAACCACAGGAAACCCCAAAGGAGCAAUACUUACUCACAAAAACGUUGUGUCCAACACAGCCGCUUUUAUCAAAGUCACACAGAGCAGUUGUCCCUUCGGCCCUCAGGACACUCACAUCUCUUACCUGCCCCUGGCACACAUGUUCGAGAGAGUCGUACAGGGCGUAGUUCUGUUACACGGUGCACGUAUCGGAUACUUCCAGGGUGACAUUCGGGCUUUGAUGGAUGACCUCAUGACCUUGAAACCCACCAUAUUCCCUGUCGUUCCUCGUUUGCUGAACCGCAUGUUUGAUAAGAUCUACGGACAGGCCAACAGUCCUCUGAAGAGAAGGAUUCUGGAGUUUGCAUUCAGGAGGAAAGAGGCAGAAAUGAUGAGUGGAAUUAUGAGAAGAGACAGUGUGUGGGACAAAAUCAUCUUCAAGAAAGUCCAGGCCAGUGUUGGAGGUCAUGUUCGGAUGAUGAUCACUGGAGCUGCGCCCAUUUCAGCCACUGUUCUCACCUUCCUAAGGGCUGCAUUGGGCUGCCAGUUUUACGAAGGGUACGGACAAACCGAAUGCACUGCGGGCAGCACAACUACAGUACCAGGAGACUGGACAGCAGGUCAUGUUGGUGCUCCACUACCCUGUAAUGACAUCAAACUAGUGGAUGUGGGAGACAUGAACUACUACGCCAUUAACGGAGAGGGAGAGGUGUGUGUGCGGGGUCCUAAUGUUUUUAAGGGUUAUCUUAAGGAUCCAGAGAAGACACAGGAAGCUCUUGAUGAAGAUGGAUGGGUUCAUACAGGAGACAUUGGCAGCUGGCUGCCGAAUGGCACUCUGAAGAUCGUGGACCGUAAGAAGCACAUUUUUAAGCUGGCUCAGGGAGAAUACAUUGCUCCUGAGAAGAUUGAGAACAUUUACAUCAGGAGUGAAGCUGUUGCUCAGGCCUUCGUGCAUGGAGACAGUCUACAGGCGUGUCUGGUUGCCAUCAUAGUUCCUGACCCAGACUUCCUCCCUGGAUGGGCCAAGAAGAGAGGUAUAGAGGGGACCUAUGAAGAACUGUGUAAAAAUAAGGAUGUAAAGAAAGCCAUUCUGGAGGACAUCGUAAAAUUGGGUAAAGAAAGUGGGCUCAAGUCUUUUGAACAGGUGAAGGACAUUGCUCUGCACACUGAGAUGUUCUCCGUCCAGAACGGCCUACUGACGCCCACCCUCAAAGCCAAACGUGUUGAACUCAGGAACCACUUCAGGGCACAAAUCGAUGAACUUUAUUCCACCAUCAAAAUGUAAACCCACCAGGACCUUCACCCAAAGAUGUUUAUUGAGCUUGUUGUCAGUUGACUUAGCAUCAGUUUUUGUGCCUUCCAUAUCCUUCAGAAUAACAUUAUAAACUCUUGGUCAGUUCUGUUACUUGAAGGUUCAUCGCUCGGUUAUGAUAAGCAUUAAAUAUCCCACCUCAGGGAGACAAUGUGUUGCCUUUAACCAUUUGAAGAAAAAGGGAAUAAACCAAAAUAUCCAAGAAGAUAAAACCAAAUGAAGACCCCAAUAACAACCUUAUGUUGUUAUGAGUGAUCUGUGGAGAAGCCAAACUUACCAACAUACUUAAUAAACCAAUUUUUUUUAAAUGUUUGUGACCAUAAAAUUGUCUCGAAUUGUGUAUAUGUGUGUUUGCAGAGUAUUUUAGUCUCAGGGACAAAAUGUGCUUUAUUAAUGGAAAUCAAUUGCCUUUGAGUUAUAUUUAAGAGGGUGAAAAACACAGCAAACAUGCAUCAUUUCACCAAACAAAGCUAGUAACACAUUUAAAUACCUCAUAAUUAGAUAUCGACCAAUAAUCGGUUUGACCGAUAUUUUUUACCGAUAUUUACACUUAAUCUGUUAUCGGUUCUUUAAUAUCGGGUUUACCGAUAAGUUGGACACAAAAGACUUUGCAUUUUAAAUAUAUAAUAAGUGAGAGGCUUUGCACAAUGUAUAUUGCAACUAAAACUAGUCAAAUUAAUUAUUUGUAGACUGUGUGCAAUAUUCGUUUUGUAAAGCAGUUCACCAGAGAUUAGUGAUAAAUGAUCAAGUUAAUGUGCCUAAAAGCAGAAAUAAACAAGAAUUAAAAAUCGGUUAUGCAUAUCGGUUAUCGGACACUAUAAUCAGAAUCGUAUCGGACUAAAAAAACUUUUGUCUGGUUACGUUUAUUUGCUGAAGUUCCUUCCUGAACACCUUUUUAUCAAGAGAGAAAUGGGGGUAAAAAAAAAUGUCUUUGUGGAAAACAGCCAUUGUUAAGGUUAAACACAGCCUAGUGAAGCCAUUCUGAAGUGUGUAUAAAUAUAACCACAUUUUCAUAAAUUAUUUAUAUACAGUAGACAUCUGCUCUGCUUUCCUCAUCUUUACUGUUGGCUAGAAAUUAAGACGAGUGCUUAACUUUUGUUUAUGUGAAGGCUCUGAUAAUAUUUUUCAAGUUUAAUAUAUUAAAUAGGUCUGACAUGUCUCAUAUUACUAUGCUGCAAUGAUCUGCAUUUAAGAAUACAGGUUGCCACACACUUAUAUUUCAUAGAUUUUUUGCUGCUUUAUAUUCACUGUAAUAUUAUGUUUAUUUUGCGGAGGUUGUUGUUAUUGUUUGUUUUAUUAAGUGCUAGCUCUUCUGUGAUAUGAUCUGUAGAUAAGCCAAGGUCAUAAACGCAUGUGGCGAGUCAAAUCCAUUCUUUCAAUUGUCUGUUGUCUCAGAUACAAAGAUUCUUGUAGAAAAGGGAAGAUUUGUGUGAAAUGUCAUGCAGCUGAUGUUUCAUUAUGAUUUGAAGUGUCUUUGUGUUUGAGGUGAGUUGAUGUAUCUUAAUGAAAAUACUCAAAUUAAUUGUCUUGUUAAUUCUAUGUGGUACAUACAUUAAAAUAUUUAUGCUAAAUGUAAAUUUUCCAUGUAAGAGAUGUACAUGAUUGAUAUUAAAUAUUAUUUGUGGUUGAUGAA